UAGUGGAGCUUAAGAGUUGUCCGAUUCAAGACUAGUCGCGGUGAGGCCGUCGUAGCGUUAAGUUAUCUGUAGUUCCUUGGCCUCUCACAUCACGACUUUCCGAACGAUUUCACGGGGAGUUGAUAGAAAAACAACCCGCAAAGCACAGCGCGCUGCCGGCUAACACGGGCAGGCACCCGCUGGUCUCUAAACUCGUCUAGAAUUGUAACCUUGCAGCAGACCAAGUUUGUACUAGACCAUCAUGGCAUUGUUGUCGCGUCGGCUGGUCUUUUUCGUGGGAGUUAUUACGCACUGUAUUUUCGCAUCGGUGCUAAGUGUUGAUGAAGCCCAGUUUACUAAGAUUGUGCCUGAUUCCGAGAAGAAAACAGAAAAAUUGAAUGAAGAUGCAGGUCUCGAGGGAGAUAUUUCUAAGCAGCAAGAGCAGCUACAACAAUACAAGGAGCUGGAAGACUUGGCGAAGCGGGAAGAUAUAGGAAAUGAGGCGGCCAUUGUCGAGAUCGACAAGAAAGAUUUCGACUUAGGAUACGCACUCGAGGGAAACCGUGACAGAUCUCGGUCAAGGUCAAGAUUACGAUUUCUGAAUUCGCAGAACCAGCAAGUGAUUGCUCCGCAGGCAGCGCCUAAGCAGGCCGGUCAAUCCGGUAUGACAGCUCGCAUGUCUAAGAUGAUCGUCGGCUUGCAUAAUAGCUACAGACGGACCGUCCCUGGACCAGCUGCUAACAUGGAAGAAAUGAAAUGGGAUGAUGAUUUAGCCACUAUGGCAUCGGACUACGCUAAACGAUGCAUUUGGGGCCACGGAAAUCCGGACAACAUAACUCCUUAUCAGCACGUAGGUCAGAAUCUGGCCUACAGCAGGGGCGGGGCCCCGGCCUCUCCAAUGUAUCUCAUCUCCCACUGGUUCAAUGAAAAGAGGAACUACGAUAUUUACACCGAUUCGUGUGUUCCAGACACUGUGUGCGGUCACUACACCCAGGUAGUCUGGGCUCACACCAACAAGAUUGGAUGCGCCAUGCAAUUCUGUCCUGUCCUGCGAGAUCCACAGCCAGGUGGAGCCGAGUUUACUGACGCACAGUUACUCGUCUGCAACUACGGGCCUGGCGGGAACGUGAACGGUCAUAAGCCGUAUCAGAUUGGUCAGCAGUGCAGCCUGUGCGCAUCGGGCCUCGGAAACUGUAGGAACGGACUUUGCAGUGAAUGCUCCUUGAUCGAACAGGGAUGUGAAUGUCACCUGGAAUGCCAAAAUGGGGGCGUCAUGAAUACUGACCAGUGUAAAUGUGACUGCCCAGCGGGAUGGACAGGAACACUGUGCCAGAAUGUUUGUAAUAACACGCACCCAUGGUGUGGUGAUGGAUGGCCUAAGCAGUGGUGCUUUGUGGAGAAUGAUGCCAACCCAGUCGAGCAGCUGUGUCCAGCACUCUGUGGAGUUUGUGAGUGUGGUGGACCAGACUGUGAAAAUGGAGGCACUAAAAAUCCUGACACAUGUAUGUGCGAUUGCAUUGAGCCAUGGAGCGGUGCUACAUGCUCAGAAUGUAACAUCCAAUGCGUACAUGGGUCCAUGGAUCAUGAGAACUGCCACUGUAGCUGUGAUGAUGGCUGGAUGGGCCAGUCUUGUGCAGAACGUUGUGAAAACACUAACAAGGUCCUGUGUCAUCGUGGCUGGUAUCCGAACUGGUGUGAUGACGACCAUCCCUACGUGCUCCAGUAUUGUCAAGCUAUGUGCGGCUUAUGCAAUCCUGUGAUGUCUGUAGCUGUUACUGAAGAUUGUGAUCUGACUUGCUUCAACCAAGGCCUACUGAACCAUGAGACAUGCACUUGCGAGUGCCCCAGUGGAUGGCAUGGCGAGGACUGCACAGCAAUCUGCCGAGACGAGUUCCAGUAUUGUGAGUGGUCGGAUGCCAUAAUGUGUGAGGGCAAUGAGGACUUCGCUACCAACUACUGUCCAGUAUCCUGCGGUAGAUGUGUGCCCAAUGCUUCCCAACUCAGGGGAUCAAGCUUUAAUGUCUAAACAAAAUUACUGUCUGAGCUCAAUACAUGAAAACGCUAUCGUUGAGGUAAAUCGGAAACAAUUGUGUACGACCACGAUGAAACUGUUAGAGAAAACAUUAUAUUUACAUUAUGUAUUUACAACACAAUGGACACAUUUACAUUUCAUAGACGAACAAUUACAAUGCUUGAGUUCUGUCGUUAGCCUACCCAUCUACAAGCACUGCCGAGCUAUAAUUAUAUAGCAACCGGAUGCGUCUAACAAAGAUGGACUUAUAUACGGGCCGUAGACAAUAUUGUACGUGAUCGUUAACGCUGGUAUUUUGUAAACGGGAAGGUGAACAUUUACGGACCAUCACGAGAUUUCAGGCAUGAGUUGGCCUUUCGAUGUACUUGUUUCGGACGAACGGAUCAAUAUACAUUGUGUUUAUCUUUAAUGAGUUUCAAGUUGUAUGCUUUGUUUUAUGUGUAAUUUGAGUUGUGGGCAAUCAUUUUGUCCCCACACCUGAACAUGUGUUUUGAAUAUAAGCCAUUUCAGUAUCAGAGCAAAUAUUCAGAAUAAUCCCACGUUCUAUAUGAAUCCAUUCAUGUCUAAUAUCGUGUGGUUGUGAACAGGAGAUUUGGAAGUUGACCAUAAUGAUUGUGUAGAGUACAUAAUAUAUAUGUUCCAUCGCCCCUAGCCCACGCGUAGAUUUGUCAAUUUUCUGAAUGUACAAAUAAAAUUCACGUCAGGAGAAAAAAAAAUAUUUUUAUGAUUAUUUUUAUGUAUAUUUUCUUAACAAAGAAGUAGACUUCUUAGACUUCUUUGUUUCUGGGAGCGUAAAUGUUAGUUUGUAUUUACUAUGAUACAUGUAUAUGUACUAUACUACUUAUAUAGCCAUUCAGAAAUCCUUUAAGUACUUCAAACAACAGAAUACGUUGCCAUGACUGUGGAAGCCUUUUUAGGGUGGCGAAGGUUGUUAAAGUAAACGAGAUUUAUACACUUCCCAUGAAGAAUUCCGUUUCCAACUUUUGUGCUGCCAAUGCAAACCUAUUCAGUUAUACACCACUUAAGUAAGCUUGAAAAGUUCAAGAAAAUGAAACGAUAGCUAAAUAAAUAUGCGGUAUUCAUAUAAGUAUAAUAUGUCCAGUGAUAUAUCCAACGUAGUGGCUUUCUGAUAGCUGUUUUGCGUUUCAAUGGAUUCCGUGGAUUCCAUGGAAGUUGUCGUCCAAUGCAUGCACCGAUAACUACGUCAAUUUAUUGUAAAAUUUUAUUGUGUAUAUAUGUGUCUUUGUCUAAAUUCUGUACAUUCGUAAUAGAAUAGGACUUCAACCCAAUGGUCUAUUUUACUCGUGAUAAUGACAUGCUAAUUGUACUCGUGUAUUGACGUUAUAUAUAUAUUAUUAUGGUUCAAUAAACAUAAAUAAAAAGUUUAAA